UGCUGUCAAACUAGGAAAAAACGCCAAAACGGAAAAACUUGACAUCAAAUAACACACGCUCCGCUUUCGCACAAUUAUAUGGUGGGGUAAAAGAAAAAGUUUUCUGGCAAAUUGUGAUCGAAAACUUUACCUUACCUUUACCUUUACGAAGAAGCUUCUUCGGUGUGCAAAAUAGAACCAUGUCCGGAAGAAGGGUGCCAGCAAACGAGGAUCUAUCGAACGUGGAGUUCGAAACAAGCGAAGAUGUCGAGGUGUUGCCGACGUUCAACUCAAUGGGGCUUCGGGAAGAGCUUCUGCGGGGUAUUUACGCGUAUGGUUUCGAGAAACCUUCCGCCAUCCAGCAAAGAAGUAUUCAACCGAUCGUAAAGGGCCGGGAUGUCAUUGCACAAGCACAGUCGGGAACGGGCAAAACGGCCACGUUCUCCAUAUCCAUUUUGCAGUCCAUGGAUACCACACUGCGAGAAACGCAGGUUCUUUGUUUGUCCCCAACCCGUGAACUGGCUGUUCAGAUCCAGAAAGUUAUUCUGGCAUUAGGUGACUUCAUGAACGUACAGUGUCAUGCCUGUAUCGGUGGCACCAACUUGGGAGAAGACAUUCGUAAACUCGACUACGGUCAGCACGUAGUGAGCGGCACUCCGGGCCGUGUGUUCGACAUGAUCAAACGGCGUGUCCUACGUACGCGUUCCAUUAAGAUGCUGGUGCUGGAUGAAGCGGAUGAGAUGUUAAACAAAGGCUUCAAGGAACAGAUUUACGAUGUUUACCGAUACCUGCCGCCGGCCACGCAGGUAGUGCUGAUUUCUGCAACCCUGCCGCACGAAAUACUCGAAAUGACAUCCAAGUUCAUGACCGACCCGAUCCGUAUUCUGGUAAAGCGUGAUGAAUUGACACUGGAAGGCAUCAAGCAGUUCUUCGUGGCGGUCGAGCGUGAAGAAUGGAAGUUCGAUACACUGUGCGAUCUGUACGAUACGCUUACCAUCACCCAGGCCGUCAUUUUCUGCAAUACCCGACGCAAGGUGGAUUGGUUAACUGAGAAGAUGCGCGAGGCCAACUUCACCGUCAGUUCGAUGCACGGUGACAUGCCGCAGAAGGAGCGAGACGAAAUCAUGAAGGAGUUCCGAUCUGGCCAGAGCCGUGUGCUGAUCACGACCGACGUUUGGGCGCGCGGUAUCGAUGUGCAGCAGGUGUCGCUGGUCAUUAACUACGAUUUGCCGAACAACCGUGAGCUGUACAUUCAUCGCAUUGGUCGAUCAGGUCGCUUCGGUCGUAAGGGUGUGGCGAUAAACUUUGUCAAGUCGGAUGAUAUCAGAAUUUUGCGAGAUAUUGAACAGUACUACUCGACACAAAUCGAUGAAAUGCCUAUGAACGUGGCAGAUCUGAUUUAAGUAGGUUUGCUGCAAUAAGCAUAAGCAAUGCAGAAAUCUAACACAUUUGUACUAUUCAUCCGCUUUGCACAACUUUGUGGUGCAGCACUUAGAGAACGUAACCUUUUAAGCGUGUAAUCAUACAACUUCUAUGUUCUGAAAUUUAACAAUGGACUACAAAUAAAUGAAUCAUCUA